UUACGAAUAAGCAACUCUUCGGUGUCGAAAAGUUUGUUCAGCUAGAAUCGGGAGCUCAUGAUAACGGAGUCGCCCAGACUUCCUAAGCUGCCGUCAGUCGAGUCAGUUCCGUAUCGUAUGUCAACACGAAGUCACAGGAAGUGAGACAAUUGAACACCGCCGCUGUUUUUCGUUGUUACUUCACCGAGGUUUUCACAAGAGUCUGGCCAAAUUCUAUGGAAACAUGGGUCGAACUCUUCCAAAUCCGGUACCCUGUCAAGUGUGUGGAGACAAGAGCUACGGCAAACACUACGGCGUAUACUGCUGCGACGGCUGCAGUUGUUUCUUCAAGCGAAGCAUACGUCGCAAUAUGGUGUACACGUGUAUCGGUAAAGGCAACUGCACUAUAGACAAAGCGAGGAGAAACUGGUGCCCGUAUUGCCGCCUCAAUAAAUGUUUCGCUGUAAGCAUGAACCGAAGUGCGGUCCAAGAAGAACGUGGUCCAAGAAAAAACAAAGAUCCUACUUCAAGUAUGGACAAAAACAAGACGAAACCAGAUUCAACGAGUAGUAACGUCAACGGAGCCGAACACCCUGGCUGCGAUGGAAAGAUACAUAGCUAUUCGCCAAAAUCCCGGUCGCCCGAUUCAACAGAAGAAUCUACAAGCCCAAAGCCUCAACACAGCCCAUUCCAGCCGUGGAAGACAACGAGCAUUCGGACAAUGAAAAUGAAACUGGAAAAGGAGUCCUCGGAUUUCAGGAGUGCGUUCGAGAGUUUCCGACCAGCCCGAUGUCAGCCAUACCCGAUUCAUGGUCCAGCGGUCCUUGCUGCCAAUCUACCGAACCCUUCAACGCUGGCCCUGGGACAACAUAUAGCACCCCGUAUUGUCACAAAAGGAUCGUCUACGUCACCAUUGGAUACACAUCUGCGUGUUGGUCCCCCACCUGUUCUUGUGCGGCCGAUCGCCCUCACGCGACAGGGUUACCAGGAGAUGUUACACGAAAUAGCAGCACAGAUUUUAUUUACUUCCAUAAAGCGGGCGAGAAGCGUACAGACUUUUCAAACACUGUCAUUCAGCGACCAGAUUUUACUACUGGAAGACUGCUGGGGCGAGUUGUUCCUGCUUCAUGCUGCCUACUGGCCCGUUGAUUUGGCAACCCUCAUUGUUCAGUUCCAAGGAAGCGCCGAUACGGCUGCAGGAUCGGGAUUUGACAGUUUGAAAGUGAACUUCAAGGAAGGACUAGGCAACACGCAGCAGGUCGAGUUUCUCCAGGACCAAGCACAGCUGAUCCUCGCACAGUACGUGAACAGCAAAACUCCACAGAAUCCCGCGAGAUUUGGAAAACUUUUGUUGACGUUGGCAUCUCUUAGGACAUAUAAAUCCGAAAUCAUUGAAGAAUUAUUCUUCCGCAAAACCAUCGGUAAAGUUCCUAUAGAAGCUAUAUUUGGAAGUGUAUGA